AUGUCAAGAACUUUGAAUUAUUCCGAUGUUUAUAAGUUCUGCGCUGGAUUGUGUAAUUCGAUAGAUGAAAGUAGGGAUACCAACAAACUUUUGAUCUGUCAACGUAAAUGUCAUGACGGAAUGAUUGAAGAAGGUUUUGCCAAUGGACAUACCAAAAAACUUCCAAGGAAGCAUUUCAAAAAAAGAAGAGGUAUAUUUAAUCGCGCCAAAAAGAUGAUAUUCAAGCCCGUUAGAUAUGUUUACAGAAAAUUUGUUCCGAGACAAUCCAUGGAUUAUGAUACUAACAUGACGAAUAACUAG